UUGAAAUGAAAUUAAAUCUAAAAGAUUAAAUUUAAGUCCUGAAAGAUUGCUAAACGUAGUUCUUUAUCCGAGAUUCCAAUAUUUUUAUUUAAGUCCCGAAAGACUAAAAAAGUUUCGAAGAUAAAUAGAAAAGUGGCCAAUAGGAAGAUGGAUAUUUUGUCACGUGACUUGCAAGCGGGAACUGCAGCGGGAAAAAAAUUAUCUCUCGCCGAUCGAAAUCAUCGCAGUAAUCCAUGGAUUGAAAAUGGCCAAUCUGGAUGGAUUUUUGGAAAAAGUACUGGGCACGAAGGCCGAAGAUACUAAACGAAUAUUGGAGGGAUAAUUCAGCGAAGGAUAAUUCAGCGAAGAAUGAUUCAUCAGUAUCUGAUGGCCCAGUGCCCAAGAAGUUGAAAACUGUGAUGAAUCUCAAAGAAGUGCUAACAAAUUCAUCCGAAGGUCUAGAUCUUUUGAAGCAUCUUGAGAGUGGUUCUGUACUCAAUACCAAGCAGAGGAAGACGUUAGUAAAGAUAGCGGUGGGACAUCUUAUUGACCUACAUGGAUUGUGGCCAACAGCUAAACAGAAGACGUUAUUAGCUAAGGAAAUAGUGCAGACAUGGCCUGUAACCAAAGAUACCACACCGGGAAUUGGAGGGCAUAUUGACUGGAUGAAGUUUUCUCCUCCCCACCGUUCCAACAUGGCCAUGCAUACGCAAUACUUUCAAGAUACACACAAGUACCGGCGACAGCUGGUGAUGGAUUGUAAUUAUCCUGUCUCCAUAACAGACAUGGUGACUACAUUUCCCAGAUACCAGGACAUUCCACAUUUGAUUGGCAUCGAUUUUGCGUUACUACAUGAAGAUGCAGCCGACAAACUGCUGUCAAAGUGGUCAACCUUGAGGGAGAAGAUCAUAUUGCAGGGCCAUCAGGAAUCUGAAAGCAUCAAGGAAGUAGUGAAACGCUACGUAGAUACAAACAGAGAUCUUUUUGCACUACUAACUGUGCUCUACACACUGCAUCGGCCGGUGCCAAAGUCGAAGGGCGUAAACUGUAGCAGAUCUGCAGCAGUACACUACCUUGUACAGCAUGUGCCAGAAGGAACAAGCAUCAAAGAAGCCAUCAAUCAUAUCAAGCAGACAUACAGGCAGCCCCUCAUAGUGGCCAUCGGGAAGGAGACAGGACAGCAGCAAUACUUCCUGUGCCUCGACAGAAAACACGUUUGUAUUGCUAUGUCAGAACAAUAGAAUUCUAGCACACAUGGGGUCUAUUGUUCUGACAUAGCAAUACAAACAUGUUUUCUAAAGGCGAAACCCAAUCAUGCCUGGCAGUAGCAUUCCCUUAAACUUCUUUGACAUCAUCAGCCGCGCCACUAUAAUAGGGGUACUUUUUCUAGUAUUUGGGAGGGAUGGCCUGGUUGAGGUUUGAUCACCUUUUUAAUGAAAUACUUUCUAGAUGGAAGAUAAAAAUGCUUAAAUUGGGAAUUGUUGUAUUAUGAAGAAAUAUUAGCUUUCAUUUUAUAUGUCAUUUUGGUUUUCAUUUCUCGGUCCGGUCUGGGACUUGAACAUGACUUGCAAACGAACCUACAUUUGGAUGAAUGAGAGUUAAAGGAAAAUUAAUGUAAGAGAACUUUACAGACUGUUAGAAAAACAAAUUGCUCCUGGAAAUCUUCAAGGGCAUUAAAAUUUUGCCUAGGGUUGUUUAAAUUGUUACCAUGGACCCUUGGAGCUAGUAUAUGAUAGUGGAACUUGGUCCCAAAAAAGGGUAAAAAGUAUACUCGUAAUUUGAACAGGAUAUGAAAACUAUCUUUUCUUGCCACAGAUGAGUGCAAGGUCUGUGGGCCUCUUGUUAUUCUAUUGUACAGUGUAUAGAUUGAUUCUAAAAUUGUGUUAAUGUAGUUUCAAAGUUGUGGCUCAUUAAAAUUAACUUUGAUGUAAUGCAAAAUGCAGUGUUCUAAUAUUUAGUCCAGACAGGUUGAGAGCUCAACAUAUUGUGUGAAAUAUAUUUUCCUCUGACAUAUUUUAAGCUCAGAGGUAAAUAAGACAUAUUUUGAAAGAAAUAUUAUCUUAAAAUUUGCGUACAAAACAAAUGAAGAGUUGUCCAUAAAAUCAGCCAUUUUGAAGCCGAUGUUGCCUAUUUGAGGAUCCCCGUAGAAGGUACAACGAGACUUUUCAAACUUCCAUAAAUCUCUUAUUUUAUAACCGAUUUUGAUGAAACUUUUUUAAAACUGUUCCUCUCAUUGUGCUAUUUCAUUAAAAAAAGUGAUUAUUUCCAUGGGUAUUGGUCCCCUUUAAUAUGAACAGCAGUACCAGUUUUGCCUUUGUAUACUUGGCAAUAUUUCUGCCAUUUAAUAUUAAAUCUGAAAUGCAUCUUGUCGUGUUUGAAUAGGGGUAAUAUUUGACAAAGUUUGAAAUGUCAAACUAUCAUUGAACUUUCCAUGAAAAACAUUAUUGCUUUAAUUUGCAUUGUUAUGUAGACAUAGUACCUUUUUUUAGGACUGUAUAUAACUAGUCUCUUUACCAUGAUGUGUGAUAUAUAUAAGGGCACAUCCACACGGACA